ACAUGAAUGAGUGCACGUCUGAUCCUUGUCACCGGCAUGCUGACUGUGGAAACACAAACGGCUCCUUCAUCUGCACCUGUAAACAAGGUUUCCAUGGAGACGGAUUUGAAUGCUCCGAAACUGAUGAGUGUGUUUCCGAUCCCUGUCAAAAUGGAGGUACCUGCAGGAACGGGCUUAAUAAGUAUUCGUGUGACUGUCCAAGUGAAUGGCAGGGCGUUAACUGUGAAAGAGAUGUUGAUGAGUGUCUCAUAAAAAAAUGCCAUCAGAAUUCAGCCUGUAACAACUCACCGGGAAGCUACAGCUGUACAUGCAGGGAAGGCUUCUAUGGAAAUGGCCUCACACGGGAUAAACUCGUGUGUAGAGAAAUCAUCCUUUUCCCUUACGAUGAAGAACAAGGGGACGUGUUGCUGCCUGACACAGACGACCGCAAGGACAUCUCUCUACCGUCUCUGAUUGACAUCAGUAUAGGGUUUCCCUUUUUUGGACAGUUCUACUACAGCCUUUAUUUCUCCGAUAACGGGUUGAUAAUAUUCCAGCCGACGGCGCAGUCCCGUGCGCGGAGGGAACCCUACCCGAACCCCAGUCUGUUCAGGAGGAACCAGACCGUACAGGCAGGAUUCCCUCCUAUGGUAGCAGCGUCAUGGGGAGAUGUGGAUCUCACAACGGACGUGGGGAAAGUCUGGUAUCAGGUGUAUUCUGAUGACAACUCAGUAGACAAUGUCACACAGACAGUGUUUGACAUGUUUACUACGAGGAUGUACCAGUCCUUCAGCGACACGUUUGUGCCCACCUGGGUACUGGUGGUGACCUGGGACAGUGUACCCUCUGUCGAGGCAAUGUACACAAAACAAAACCCAAACACAUUCCAAGCCGUCCUGGCCACCGAUGGAUCAGAUUCCGUCGCUUUCCUGACUUAUAAGGAAGACAAGAUGCUGUGGACCAAUGAAACCCAGGACGUUCUUCUCGGGUACAACAGCGCUAACGGCGUUAACUUCGAAAACAUCCGGCUGGCAGAUCCGUACAGACCCGACCAAGUCAACGGGAACACGGGGCUGAAAGGACGAUGGGUGUUUAAGUUGGAGAGCGAUGCCACACGGAAAACGAACUACAAGAAGCUGUGUCGUGACUGGUACAAGACAGAGCCAGACCCUUCAGAGUGGAUUGUAGGAGAAGGCAUGUGUCCUUGCACGCUGCUUCAGGCACUGAGGGACCUACGCUUCGCCCCUGUUACAUUGACAUUGUCACCCUUUGACAUCUGGUCACUACUUCUAGUGAAUCAAGAUCUAGAAGUUUGCUUCAGUCCUCUGUUUGCCAGCCCGACUGGUUCCAGUGUAGACUGUUGUUACAAGUUCCUGGCCCUGAACGCUGAGAUACCCCUGGCUGGAAGUCAUCACAGAUAUCAACGGUUCUCCCAACUUCACACUGACUUUGACGUGAAUCCCAAGUCCUGGUGCUGUAGCCUGUCUGACGAUGAAGACUUCUGUAACCUGUACUAUGAAAAGAGGCCUCCAAACAGCUGUUCUUCCUACAGGCCACCACGUCUAGCUAUAACGUGGGGAGAUCCUCACAUGAAGACACUAGACGGUCUCGCCUACACGUUUAACGGGUUAGGAGAGUUCACCCUUGUCAAGACGAGUGGGGCCAGUGUUGAGUUCAGGCUGCAGGGGCGCACAGAGAAAGCCAUCGCCAACGGUACCCAGGAAGUGGCUGAGGCUACAGUCUUCACGGCAUUCGCAUCAAAGCAAGAUGGCUCCUCGACGGUUGAAAUGGGUAUGAACAAAGACCGGACAAAUAUGACACUAAUGGUGGAUAAACGGCCCAUCAACAUCACUGACCUACAGCAGAACGGUGCGCAGCGUUUCGCCAAUCUGACUAUUCAGUACAAUUUCAACUCGAACCAGACCAGUGUGGUCGCCUCCUUCUCUUCGGGAAUAACAGUGACCGUCACGCUCCAGAAACUCAUGCUGAAUGUUCAGUUCGGGGCGCCGGAUUUUUUCGAGAACACUACCCGAGGCAUGCUGGGUGUCUGGAACGACAACAUUUUGGACGACUUCACCUAUCCUAACGGCACGGUACUGCAGGCACCAGAGGACAGAAAUCUAACAGAGGAAGAAAUCUUCCCGUGGGGAUUAUCAUGGCAAAUCAGACAAGACGAAAGUCUAUUCACCUACGAGGAUGGGCAAAACGCAGCUUCCUUUGCCAAACCAGAUUUCAGGCCAAAGUUUCUCAACCAACUACUAGCAGCUGUCUCCCCCGAUAAACGAAGCGAGGCUGAUGUUCUGUGUGGCACAAAUGUAGAAUGUCUCUUUGACUUUCUCAGCACAAACGACGCAGAAGUGGGAGAACAAACCAGAUCAAGUAUUGUGACUUUUGAUUCAGACGCAGAGACACUGGCCAACUUUCCACCUAACAUCACAACCAACGCCACAGUCAAUGGAAUAGUUGGACAGCAGGUGGAACUACAGGUCAUUGCUGUUGACCCUGAGGACAAUCCUUUGCAAUAUUCCAUUGGCAACGUCAACAACAUUCCUGGGGCAACCAUCAACCCCGUUAACGGUAUCCUUAGAUGGACUCCCAGAAGCCUACAACCAGUGCAACUAGAGAUUAUUGCCCAAGACAACAAAGGAGCCUCUUCGUCGACCUACCCCAUGGUGAAACUCUGCAACUGUGAACACGGUGGAAUCUGCAACUUUGUCACUAGGGACUUCACUGGAGAGAUCAACCCUGUGGGACAGUUCCAGGUUGUUUCCUGCUCGUGUCCUGAAGCCUGGACAGGAGAGUUCUGUGAGACUGAUAAGAAUGAAUGUGAGGAGGACCCGUGUUAUCCAGGAGCGGCGUGUACAGAUAUGGUAUCACCUAAACAUGGCUUCGAAUGCGGACCAUGUCCCAAUGGUCUGGAUGGGACUGGGGUGAAGUGUUAUGAUAUCAAUGAGUGUGUCCAAGGUCAGCUUUGUGAACAGCCCCAUAACUGUGUGAAUAUCCUAGGCAGCUACACCUGUGGUUGCGACCUUGGUUACACCCUAGACAGCAAUGGCCUCAACUGUACUGAUAUAAACGAGUGCGACAUUAGCACAGCUGAUUGUGCAGUUGAGGCAACAUGCACCAACACAGAGGGCAGCUUUACUUGUACCUGUACUACCGGAUAUACUGGCAAUGGGACCUACUGCGCAGAUGUUGAUGAAUGUGCGACUAGUGCCUCCUGUGAUCGCAAUGCAGUAUGUGACAACACUGUUGGAUCCUACACAUGCACAUGUAAGGCUGGCUAUGAAGGCAGUGGACGCAGAUGUGAGGACAAAGACGAGUGUGUUGAUCCGGACAUCUGCCACACAAAUGCAAGAUGUACCAACUCCAUCGGCUCCUACAGCUGCAGCUGCAACUCUGGUUACCGCCGCAAGGGGGCAGUGUGCACCAACGUGAAUGAGUGUGAAGAGCUACUGGACAACUGUAGCCCGGGGCAGGGGAUCUGUACAGAUAACCCUGGGUCCUAUAGCUGUGCGUGUAGGGGUGGGUAUGAAGGAGACGGGAUCACAUGUCAAGAUGUUGACGAGUGUUCAGAUGCUGCUCUCAACAACUGCACUGAGAACGCGGAUUGCACCAAUACGGAGGGCUCUUAUAACUGCCUGUGUACAGAUGGGUAUGAAGGGAUCGGUACAGUCAUUUGCACCGAUGUCGACGAGUGUGGAAGUGUAAUAGAUAACUGUGCUCAGGAGGCAACCUGCACAAACUCUCCGGGAUCUUACACGUGUUCGUGUAACGCGGGAUUCGUCGGGAAUGGGAUUCAGUGUGAAGAUAUUGAUGAAUGUGUAAGGGGAGAAGCUGACUGUGACAUCGACACAAAAGCCGUCUGUACCAACCUGAUUGGAGGCUACAACUGUACAUGUUAUAAUGGUUACAAAGGAGACGGUAGGCACUGCACAGAUGUGAAUGAGUGUAUGACUGACAAAGGUAAAUGCUCUAUGGACUGCUUCAACACUGAUGGAAGUUAUACCUGUAGCUGUGAGGAUGGAUACAGGCUAGCGGUCGAUGGUUUCAAGUGUGAUGAUAUUGACGAGUGUGCAGAACAGCUGGAUGACUGUGAACAAGCCUGUACAAACACAGACGGCGGGUUUAACUGCUCGUGCGUCCCAGGAUUCAUUCAAGUUGGAGACUCCUGCGAAGCCUCUGUAAAUUGCACCAGAA